ACUUCAGAGCAGUCAAAUUAGCCGUCCGUGAUGUCAAACAAAAUAAUAAAUUAAAAAGGUUAGGCUAAACAAAUUUGUAAAAUGUUUUGUUUGUAGUUCAUUAAGUCCAGGAUUUAUAGUUUUUGUAAACACAAGAAGUAGCUUACACGAUGGAAUUGGAGAAAGCGAAAGCUGAACACUGCAGAUUUUGUGCGGAGCCUAAGAGUUCACAAAAAAUGCUGGACAUACUGAGCAAUGAGAAAUACGAAGAAGUUACCAAAAAACUCGAAUUUCUCAACUAUUCUAUUUAUGUAAACUUACACAAGGAUAAAACUUUACCAAAAACAGUAUGUUUUGUGUGUUACGAUUCUCUGAAUAAAGCCUACGAUUUUCUUGAUAAAGUCAAAAGGGCCCAGACUAUUUUGCACAGCAUAUAUCCAUUAGUUGACGACAAUAGCCCAUCUGAUGAUGGUAGAGUAGGUUUCGACGAGACUUCAGAUAUAGAAUCCGCUGCAAAUUCCAUAAAACUUGAAGAACCAGCAGACAAUAAUUUAAACUUAGAGAUUGAUUUAAAUAUAGAGGAAGUUAAAACUGAACCAAAAGAUGAGAUCGAUGUAAGCCAAGAAAGUGACUGUUAUGAGCAAAAUUUCAAUGUCCAGGAUAUACUGAAUGCAGCCAUGUGCAAAGUUCCGUACCCUGAAGCUACAUUAUAUGCUAAAGAAGUCGUCAAUACAGGGAAAAAGUCUAUAUCGUCAUGGAAAGAUUAUCCCUGGAUUUGUUCACAUUGCGACAUAGAGUUCUUGGACGUAGGCACAUUAAGAUUACACACAAAAUUAACACACAGUAAAUGUAGUGCAUUUGUGUGUAUUGACUGUGAUAGUCUUGGUAGUAAAGAUUUUAAUGGCUUCAUCAAACAUGUAAAGAUUCAUAGAAAGAAGCUGAGAAAAAGAUGUCACUACUGUGAUGAGAGUAUCAAUGAAGAUUCCUUGCCAUACCACAUUGAGCAACAUUUUCAGAAAAUCCAAGUGUCCUGUCCAGAUUGUGGGGAAAUACUGAAAAACAAUGAAUCCCUACAGAAGCAUCUCAGGGAGUACAACUCCAAGAAACCAAAAAGAAAACCUCGGAGAAAACGAGGCACUCCAUUGACAAUAGAGGAUCUGACUUGUGGAUUAUGCAAAAAGGUUUACAAAAACCCAAAUAGUUUACGGGACCACAUGAAAAUACACACCAAUGAUAGAAAGAGGAACUACACUUGUGAUAGAUGUGGAAAAAUGUUUUACAACAAAGGCACCUUAACGUCGCACAUAAUGGCUCACGACAAGGUCCGACCACACGUGUGCAGGAUAUGCAACAGGUCAUUCCUCUUCCCCAACAUGCUGAGACGUCAUGUAGAAAUGCAUUCAGGGGUCAAACCCUUCUCUUGUGAGCAAUGCGGACGGUGCUUCAGACUUCAAUAUCAGUUGAACGCACAUAAAAUAAUCCAUACAGACUCUAUGCCGCACGUAUGCCAGUAUUGUAACAAGGCGUUCAGGUUUAAACAGAUUUUGAAGAAUCAUGAACGACAACACACAGGAGCAAAGCCUUACGCCUGUCAAAGCUGCAGCAUGGAGUUCACAAAUUGGUCAAAUUACAACAAACAUAUGAAACGUCGGCACAACUUGGACACAUCAAAGAAAAAGAUCACACCCGAAGGGGUGUUCCCAAUAAAUCCACAAACCGGGGAAUUGGUGCAAUUCAAUGAUGCUGCUACUGAGGAAUGGAAGACCAAGAUUAUGAUACCGGGUAAACGUGGUAAGAAGAAAGUUAUAAAAAAAGAAAAUACUGUGUAGUAUUAGUUAAGUUUAAGAAACAAAGUCACUGACAUAGCUCAGUGAGUCGCGAAGCUGAAGUGGCAAUGGGCGGGCCACAUAGUUCGAAGAGUCAAUGGAAGUUGGGGUCCCAAGGUGCUGGAAUGGCGACCCCGCACCGGAAAGCGCAGUGUUAGUCGACCCUCCACUAGGUGGACCGAAGACAUCAAGCGUGUUGCAGAGAGCCGCUGGAUGCUGGCGGCUCAAGACCGUUUUGUUUGGAAGUCCAUGCAAAAGGUCUAUGUCCAGCAAUGGAUGUCCAUCGGCUACUAUGAUGAUGAUGAUACUGUCUAGUUAAGUAGUAGGUUAAGAGCAUUAUGCUACUUUUAAGUAGAUACAAACAAAUUUUUCAUUUUGAAAAUUAUUCAUCAGUAUUAGCCAAUUUUUAACGGCCCUACAUAGUCAUGCCUCUCUUCUUAUAGGAGAGGGGAUAUAGAGCUAAUACCCACCAGACUGUUCCAAUGUGUGGCAGGCUGAGGGUAGCAAUGUUUCUUUAACAACCACUAUCAGAUAUUAAUGAAAACCGGCUAACGUUCUCGCUGAGGCAUGGGGUGUAACACCAUCGACUUCCCAACUCUGGGCUGAGAAUUUACAGAACUUUAAAAAAAAGUAUGUUGUAAAGUAAAGUAUCUCACCGACCUAGAACUCGAACCCAGGACCUGUGUUUCUGUUGCCUGGGAAGCAUUGUCGAUCUUUAUGUCGUCGUCAGAAUCGUAAAGGACGUUUUCAGGCGUCUAGAUCAGGGUUUCUCAAACCUUCGGCCCCACGAACCCCUGUUAAAAUUUCCAAGUGACAGCAAACCCCCUACUGACUAAUGAACCUCUCCCCCACCAGAAAAAAAAUAAUUUGACCAUUUUUAUUUGAAUAAACGUUAACAUAUAAAGUACCAAAAUAAAUGUCUUUGUAAUAUUAAUGUGAUGGGUGUCCUUGUUUCUUGUCGUAAAUGGAUUCAAUGUUAGAAGUAAUUUUGGACAAUUUAACCUUAAUUCUGACUUCUGACUCGGUAUCAGUUAUCAAGCCACCAUUUCGUAAAUCUAGUCGCGAACCCCCUGCCGUCGAAUGGCGAACCCCUAGGGUUUCGCGUACGCCACUUUGAGAAACCCUGGUCUAGAUCAAUCAAACAGUCGGCGUUGGGAGAAAAAGUGCACAAAAAAGUUUGCAUGAACACUCGCAAAAUCAUUGUUUACAUUGCUGAGACAAUGAAAAAUGCUCAUAGCUGGUUUAUGAGAUUACCGCGCAAAGAUUGACGGACUUUGUUAUAUUAUUAAUGUGCCCUAAAUUAAUUAAUUACCAUAAGUAUUAUAUUUUUUGUCACUACAUUAUUAUUUAAGUACAAAUCCUUAUAAAAUAUUAUCUAGGUGAAUAUUUAAAUUAUUAAGAAUUACUUAUAUUUUGAUUUGAAAUGAGUAUUGUAAAUGAACUAGUUUAUUCAGCCAUAAUUUCUCUGGAAUUAGUACAUAUUGUAAAAUUAUUUACUUUUAUAUCACAAAGACCUACAGGGCCUUAAAUAAGAUAUGCAAGUAGCUUUAAUUUUCUUUAAAAGAAUAAUGCCAUAUAUUUUAAUUUACAUAUUUUAGUGUAUUUAGAAAAUAUUAUUAUUUUAUCUCUGCAUAUAAAUUAAAGACCAAUUUAAAAAAAAAAA